AUGGGCCCCAUAUCCCAAGAUACCAACCCUGCCUUUGCGCCCACUCUAUCCGAUCAAGUCUCGAUAGAGGAGGCUGGCCCGGACCAGUUCCAGUCCCGAUAUUACCCCUCUCGCAUGGGCAACGCGGCCGAUAUCGCUUACGGCGGCUGCGCACUUGGUGUUGGCCUUAGAUCUGCCUGCCAGACGGUUCCGCCACAAUAUGUCCUGUACUCAGCUACCGGAAGCUUUCUGGCACCUGUCUCAACGAGUUUCCACCUGCAGUGUUUUGUCCGCCGGCUUCGUGACACAAGAACGUUUGCGACCAGACAGGUCGAAAUCGCGCAGAAGCAGAAGGACAAUACUACCCGGUUAUGCAUGAUUAUUCUCGCAGACUUCCAAAGAGAGGCACAAGAGUCCCUUCUGGCCUACUCUACACCCCCCACGAGAGAAUACUCCCUGCCAGAUAAAUGCGAGUCCCCCUUUGAGGCCGGCGAGAAUAUGGCCGAAAAGGGUCAGUUACCAAAGGAAUCUUUGAUGCUGUAUAAAUCCCUAUUCGGCCUCAUGAAUCGCUUCUUCGAGUUCCGCCAAGCUCCCGAAGGGAUUGCGGCCCACAACCUCAGCGGAGUCGCGAAGCACCGGCAAUCGAAUCAAGACCAACUCCACUUAACUUCGAAGACAUCUGCGGAUUGGUUUCGCUCUCGUCAACCGGCGCUCGGGCAGCAGGAUCAACACGCAGGCUUCAUCUUCAUGAUGGAUGGGUUUCUCUCUUUUCUACCACUGGCACACAGCAGGAUGUUUCUGGACGAUGCCGAGGCGUGCUCAAGCUUGGAUUUUGCUUUGAGACUGUUUGCAGUUGACUUGAACCUUAAUGACUGGAACCUUAGGGAGUUAAGGACUAUCUCUGGAGGUAAUGGGAGGACGUAUUCUGAGGCACGGGUUUGGAACCAGGAGGGGAAACUGAUUGCGAACAUGACCCAGCAGUCUGUCUUAAGGCCUAAGCAAACGUCAAAAGCGCUACUAUAG